ACAAUAACUCACUCCUCUAAAAGUAGAAACAGUUUUUUAAUCAUUAACAUAUGCCUAAGAACAGAUUAUAGUUUUUCCCUAUAUAUAAUGUUAUAGCCAUGUUAACUUAAACCAUAAUACCUUAGAGAGUAAGAAGCACAAAAAUGGUUACCAUUAAAAGUUCUUACACUGUGAUUCCAGAAGAACCAACACCCCAAGGCCGUUUAUGGCUCUCUGACAAAGAUCAAGUAGCAACUCAACAUCACACACCCACCAUUUACAUUUACAAACCAAAUCAGAACCAAGAAAAUGUCAUAGAAACACUGAAAAACUCUCUAAGCAAAAUUCUAGUUCACUACUAUCCUAUAGCUGGUAGAUUGUGUUACUCAGAUGAAGAAGUUGAUAGUUGUAGAGUUGAAUUGAAUCUCAAUGCCAAAGGAGCCAUUUUGCUUGAAGCUGAAACCACAAAAACAAUUCAUGAUUAUGGUGACUUUUCACCUUCUGAUUCAACCAAAGAGCUUAUUCCAAUAAUCGAUUACAAUCAACCCUUUCAAGAAAUGCCACUUCUUGUUGUGCAAGUCACAAGUUUCAAAAAUAACCAAGGCUUUGCAAUUGGUGUUGCUUUAUCCCACUCUUUAACAGAUGGAAUUGGAGCUGGUGGAUUCAUCACCUCAUGGGCGAAAAUAUCACGCGGCGAAACACUAGAACCUAAUGAAUUACCCUUUCUUGAUAGAACAAUAAUAAAAUUUUCACACACACCAUCGAAAGUACCGCGUUUUGAGCACUUGGAAUUGAAGCCUCUUCCACUCAUUAUAGGAAGAAAAGACACAAGUGAAGAAAGAAAGAAGAAAACGACAGCAACAUUAUUGAAACUCUCACCUGAACAUGUUGAGAAAUUGAAGAAAAAAGCUAAUGAUUUUUUAUCAAUGAAGAAAAAAGAAGGGUCAAGACCUUUUAGUAAAUUUGAAGCAAUUGGUGCACAUCUAUGGAGAUGUGCAUCUAAGGCGCGCGAGCUUGAAGACGAUCAAGAAAGCGUUGUUAGAUUUCAUGCUGAUAUUAGAAAAAGAAUUAUUCCACCACUUCCUCAAAACUUUUUUGGUAAUGCUUUGGCAUUAACUGCAACAAAAGGAUAUAUUGGAGAAAUCACAUCAAAGCCUUUAGGCUAUGUAGCACAAAAGAUAAGGGAAGCAUCUGAGUUAGUUAAAGAUGAUUUUAUAAAGUCACAAAUUGAUGUUAUUAGAAGUUUUAGAAAAGUGGAAGAUGCAACGAAUUUGUUUCUUGGUGAUGAAACUGAAAAAGCACCAUAUUUUGGGAAUCCAAAUUUUCAAGUAGCUAGUUGGACAGGAAUGCCAUUUCAUGAAGUUGAUUUUGGAUGGGGGAAGCCUAUUCACUUUGGAUAUGCUGGUGUGUCUCCACAUGAUAGGGCAUACAUUACUCUUAGUCCUGAUGGAGAUGGUUCUGUUAUUGUGUCUUUGCAUUUUCAGAUUGCACAUUUGGAGCUUUUCAAAAAGUUCUUCUAUGAGGAUAUAUGAAAUAUUUAGUUCUUUCCAUUUAUCAAGCAUUUAGUUGAGUGUGGUGUGUUGCAUUUUCCUUGUUUCAGCAGCUGUUUUGAUGGUGACUUGCACGGUUUUUUCAAUAAAUUCAAGAUUUGUUAUUUACAUUGUACUAGCUACUUGAUACUGUUGGUUUAUAUUUGUAUCUUUUGCAUUUGAGUUUAUCUAUCAGAUUUUCGUUUGGUUGUGUCUUUUAUAA